AUGGAUCCACAGAGGUUAAUCCAAUGUCCAUUUGACAAGCAUCAUCAGAUCAGAGCCUACCGGUUCCCCUAUCAUCUGGUGAAGUGUCGGAAGAACAACCCUGAAGUGGCCAAGACGUUGGACACAUGCCCUUUCAACGCUCGUCACCUGGUCCCUCAUGCUAAGCUCAAAGACCACAUCAUGAACUGCAGAGACAAAACCUUAAUGGAGCAAGAUAUAGCAAAUCAAGCCUGUGACCACCAGCAGAAGCAGGUGAAUGAUGGGAGCACAUGGCAGGCACCUCCCUGCGAUGAGGACUGGGACAAGGAGGCGUUGGAACAGGCUGAGUCUGCGUUUGUUUGGGGUAUGACCAAUUCUGCCAUGAGCAGGUAG